AUGACUAAAAAAUCUAAAUCUUCCGUAUCAUUUUGUACCAAAUAUACCAUUGAGACAAUGCGGUUAGCAGGACAAACUCCUACGUUGACCGAAUUGAACCAAGCAAUUGUUAGUGAAGCAAAAUAUCACCAUGAUUGGUACGCCGCAGCUUCAUUAUUUGAAGAUUUUGACAAAAUUGUAUGGGAAAGGUUAUCUCGUCUGUCACAUAACAAACAAAAUAAUAGUGAUAAGGAAAAGGUUCAAAGUGAUGAUAUUUGUUAUGAUUUAUUACCAAUAUUAUCAUUAAAUCAAAUUUGGGAAGAUACACCAACUGCAUUGCAACCUUUAACUCCAAAAGAAUUAAAACUUAUUAGAUGUGUAUAUCAAAUCAUGAUACGAUAUGCUCCGUCAGUCAAAGAGGCAAACUAUUAUUAUCUUCAUUUGCUUCAUAAUCAUCUUGAUACUCCAAUUUAUGAUGAUGAAUGUAUCAAUCAUUGUUUGAAUUCUUUGAUUUAUCUGAUUUCUACUAGUAAUAUCAAGGAUUAUUUGGAAAUUGGAUUAGAACUUGUAGAAAUAGCAUUGUCACGUGGAAUAGGAAAAGAUCCAUCAGGCAUUUUGGAAAGUGUAUCAAAGAAUAUCCUGGCAUAUCAUGGAUUAAAAAUGCGUAGAGACGGGUUUGUAACAAAGGUUUUACCUGUUAAACCCGUUAAGGAUCGUUCUAAAGAUAAGAAUAAAAAAAAGAGGGAAAAGCGUAAAAUUAAAAAGCUUGGCGAUUCUAUUAAAAACGUUAAUAACUUAAAACCUAAUAAUGGUUCUUCACCAAAGAGAAAUGAUUAUUCUUUGGAUUUGGAGGAUGGAGCAACUUUUCAUUUGGAAGAUACAUCUUUUGUUAUUUUCGAUGAUAAUGAUGAGGAGGUGAAGAGUAACAUUAACCUUGAUAGUGAUGAACAGAUCGCCAUUUUUAAUGAAUUUAUGUAUUUUGAACAACUCGAGCAACGUCUUGAAGAAAAAAAUGAAUCGGAUGUAAAUUUGGAAACGACUAUUAUAAAUGAAAACAAUUAUUAA